UUAAAUUAACCAAAUUAAAAGUGUAAAACGUGUUUAUCAAGGAUUAAACUCAAGUGUUACCAAUAAAUUUGGAUAAAUUACAUUGUAAAAAAUUUCCAUACACACAAGUGUUAAGAUGUGAAUCAUCUAUUCAUAAGAAAGUUAAAUUUGGAUAUUUCUCCCAUUUGGAACGUAUUUUUCCCCAGUCGAGUCAGCACUUUUCACGCAACAGCGUCGAGCUGCGUUCCCUCUAAUAGUUGUUUAUAAUUUGAGUGCUGCGUAAAUCAAUAAAAAAAUAUUAGAAAAGUUGUUUAAUUUAAGAAGAAAAAAACACAAGAAACAGUGAAAUAAAAUGUACGGCAUUGAUAAUUAUCCAAAAAAUUAUCAUGCGAGCGGCAUUGGCCUUGUCAAUCUGGCGGCCCUCGGCUACAGCAAGAAUGAAGUCAGCGACGAUGCGCCGAGCAAACCGAAGUCCGGGCUGUACCCCUCGCUGCCCUAUCCAACGUCGGAGUCGGUGGGCGGCAUGCCAUAUGUGGUGAAGCAAACGGCGCAGGCACAGAAUGCCUCGUAUCAGGGCGGCAGCAUGGGCAUGCCACAGCCACAGUCAACGCCGUAUCCAAGCGCUGGCUUGUAUCCCAAUCUACCAGCUAUGCCGCUGCCGUAUCCAUCCACGCCGCUGGCGCCCAUACCCAGUGCAUCGCCAUAUCCCAGUGCCACGCCUUAUCCGAGUGCCGCACCUUACCCGAAUGCAAUGCCCUAUCCGAGCGCAGCGCCGUAUCCCAGUGGAAUGCCGUCACUGCCUUAUCCAUCGGCAGGCGGCAUGGGUAUGCCCGGCAUGCCCAUGCCCUAUGCGCCCUUGCCGACCAGUCCGGCACCGCAGUCGAUCUACCCAUCGAUGCCGGCGCCAUCUGCGCCGGAGGCCAGUGCACCCUCGCCCGAGGAGGAGCCAUCCGUGGGCAUACAGGAGCUGCAGUUUACCAGUGUCAAAGUGCCCGAGAAUCAAAACAUGUUCUGGAUGGGACGUAAGGCCAGUACGACUCGUCAGAAGAGUGUCCAAGCUACCGACUUUGUUACGCUGCGUGAGUCUUGUGUGUCCAAUGGUACAAUGUUCGAGGAUCCUGAUUUUCCGGCCAAUGACGCCUCGUUGAUGUUCUCGCGUCGUCCGGAUCGCUACAUCGAAUGGCUGCGACCCGGCGACAUUGUGGACGAUCCGCAGUUCUUUGUCGAGGGCUACUCGCGUUUCGAUGUACAGCAGGGCGAGCUGGGCGAUUGUUGGCUGUUGGCCGCAGCUGCGAAUCUGACACAGGACUCGAAGCUCUUCUUCCGCGUGAUACCGCCGGAUCAGGAUUUCCAAGAGAACUAUGCGGGCAUAUUCCAUUUUAAGUUCUGGCAAUAUGGCAAAUGGGUGGAGGUUGUCAUCGAUGAUCGUCUGCCCACCUACCACGGGGAGCUGAUAUACAUGCACUCCACGGAGAAAAAUGAGUUCUGGAGCGCGCUGCUGGAGAAGGCAUACGCCAAGCUUCAUGGCUCCUAUGAGGCCCUGAAGGGCGGCACCACCUGCGAGGCUAUGGAGGACUUUACUGGCGGUGUGACCGAAUGGUAUGAUAUCAAGGAGGCUCCACCAAAUCUAUUUAGCAUUAUGACCAAGGCAGCGGAGCGUGGCUCGAUGAUGGGCUGCUCUCUGGAACCGGAUCCGCAUGUGCUGGAGGCCGAAACGCGCGAGGGUCUGAUACGCGGUCAUGCGUACUCCAUAACAAAGGUCUGCCUCUUGGACAUAUCGACGCCCAAUCGUCAGGGCAAGCUGCCCAUGAUACGCAUGCGUAAUCCUUGGGGCAAUGAGGCCGAAUGGAGCGGCCCCUGGAGCGACAGCUCGCCCGAGUGGCGCUUCAUACCGGAGCACCAGAAGGAGGAGAUUGGUUUGAAUUUCGAUCGUGAUGGUGAAUUCUGGAUGUCCUUCCAAGACUUUCUCAACCACUUUGAUCGCGUCGAGAUUUGCAACAUGUCGCCAGACUCGUUGACCGAAAAUCAGCAGCAGAACUCGCGCCGCAAGUGGGAGAUGUCCAUGUUCGAGGGCGAGUGGACUUCGGGCGUGACGGCGGGCGGUUGCCGCAACUUUUUGGAAACCUUCUGGCACAAUCCGCAAUAUAUUAUCUCGCUGGAGGAUCCCGACGAGGAGGACGACGACGGCAAGUGCACGGUGAUUGUCGCGCUGAUGCAAAAGAAUCGUCGCAGCAAGCGCAACGUGGGCAUCGAUUGCCUGACCAUUGGCUUUGCCAUUUACCAUCUGACGGAUCGCGACCUGCAGGUGAAGCCGCAGGGCUUGAACUUCUUCAAGUAUCGCGCCUCGGUGGCGCGUUCGCCGCAUUUCAUCAAUACACGCGAGGUUUGUGCACGCUUCAAGCUGCCUCCCGGUCAUUAUUUGAUAGUUCCCUCGACCUUUGAUCCGAACGAGGAGGGUGAGUUUAUUAUACGCGUCUUCUCUGAGACUAUGAACAACAUGGAGGAGAACGACGACGAGGUGGGCUUUGGCGAGACGGAUGAUCGCAUUGCGCCCGCACUGCCACCACCCACACCCAAGGAGGAGGAUGAUCCGCAGCGCAUUGCACUCAAGCGUCUCUUCGACAGCGUUGCGGGCAGCGACGAGGAGGUGGAUUGGCAGGAACUCAAGCGCAUACUGGAUCAUUCGAUGCGCGACGUCAUGAUCGGCACCGAUGGCUUUUCCAAGGAUGCGGUACGCUCCAUGGUCGCCAUGCUGGACAAGGAUCGCUCCGGCCGACUCGGCUUUGAUGAGUUCGAAGCGCUCCUCACAGACAUUGCCAAAUGGCGUGCCGUAUUCAAGCUGUACGACACCCGACGCUCCGGCACCAUCGAUGGCUUCCACUUGCGUGGCGCUCUCAACUCUGCAGGCUAUCAUCUGAACAACCGGCUGCUCAAUGCGCUGGCCCAUCGCUACGGCUCACGGGAGGGCAAGGUGCCCUUCGAUGAUUUCCUCAUGUGCGCCAUCAAGGUGAAGACCUUCAUCGAGAUGUUCCGCGAACGUGACACAGACAAUUCCGAUACGGCAUUCUUUAAUCUGGAUGAUUGGCUGGAGCACACCAUCUACUCCUAAAGAGCCACUCAGUCCCAAAC